AUGCCGGAGGCCGGCACGGCGGACUACGAGCUCCUUAAAACGAACCCGGAUAAAGUGUUCUUAAAGACGAUCACGGGGCAGUUGCAGGCCAUUCUGGAGAUAUCGGUGAUCGAGAUCCUGUCGACGCACGCAUCGGAUGAGUUAUAUUUGGGCCAGAGAGCGAGCGAGGAGUGGACCAGCAAUGAGAAGGCGCUGAAGGCUCUGAAGCGGUUUGGUUCGAAGCUGAAGGAGGUGGAGGAGAAGAUAGCAGAGCUGAAUGAUGAUAAGAAAUUGAAGAACCGUGGCGGGUCGAAGAAGUUGGAGUACACGUUGCUUUCGCCUUAUAGCGAGCAGGGGCUCACUGCCAAGGGGAUUCCUAACAGUAUCUCCAUUUGA